AUGUCGCGGCCAAAUCCUUUCCUGAAUUUAUUCAGGCGGUAUUAUUCACAUCAUGGAUUCAAUGCAAACCCAAAGAUGUCACUCAGGCCCUCAACACGAGCUCAAUGCCCUCGUCAACGUUUCCACGACCAGUUCCGGCUCCAUCAGAUGCAGUUCCGCCGUCGGAUGAGCAGCAAACCGGACGAUGGACCGACGCCGCUCGACCCUAAUUUUAUCUCCAUCCUCGACCGGCCGACGAGGAUGGCCAGAGUAGGGAAGCAACACGGUCCUGGUCUCAUCAUUCUCGCUAUAAUACCAAUUGCAGCGUUCUGCUUGGGGUGCUGGCAGGUCCAACGUCUGGGCUGGAAAACAGAACUGGUCGCGCGAUUUGAGGAUCGACUGACCUUUCCGCCUCUCGAGCUGCCGCUGCGAGUAGAUCCGGAUGCGAUAAAGGACUUUGAUUAUAGGAAGGUUUGGGCGAAAGGUGUGCUAAGGCAUGAUCAGGAGAUCUUAAUCGGGCCGCGGUUGCAUGAGGGAGAGGAUGGGUAUAUCGUCGUUACGCCUCUUGAGCGGGAGGACUCUAGAGGCCGCAAGUCUAAGAUCUUGUGUUGUAGGGGGUGGAUUAAUAAAAAUGUUGCCAAGCAAUGGUAUAGGAAACAAAACGGAGCAUUGCCUGAGGGGGAGGUCGUGAUUGAAGGGUUAUUGAGGCAACCGCCGAAGGGGAAUAUGUUCACGCCCCAGAAUUUCCCGGAAGAGGGGAAAUGGUUCUUCCCGGAUGUACAGCAGAUGGCUGAGUACACUGGGAGCCAGGCGGUUUGGGUAGAGGAGACAAUGACUCCAGACUUACUCGUUUCAUACGAGAGAGAGCCUAAGGGAAUUCCGAUCGGGAGACCUGCAACCGUAAAUCUCAGAAAUAAUCAUACACAGUACAUUUUCACAUGGUAUGCGCUAAGCCUAGCAACCUCGAUCAUGUUCUGGAUGGUCGUGAAGAAGCCACUGUCCGGCACUCAGCGGCGGGUCAAACACAGUCUAGACUGGUCUUGAGUGACCAACUCAAUUAGACGCAUUAGCUCCACCUUCACUCCCUAUCUUCUUCCUCGAUUGUCUCCAUGCGCUUCCUCUUCUGUCUUCCCCCCUUCAGCUUCGGCAGAGGCUCCAUUCGAAGUUCUUGCAAUAGCUCCCUUGGAAGCAUCUUCUGCGCGAGAGAAAAGCACGUGUUAGUGGCCGUGAUUUGACGU